UUAGCUGUAGCUGCUUGGAAACACAGUAACUAACCUUAAGUUUAACCUCAUGUCAUGUGAGACAAAUAAUAUUAAUAAUUUAUUAAGAAACAUUUUACACAAACUUAAAAUCGUUAAUUAACGGAGCCGCUUACCUGUCGCCGUUUUUUGCCGCUUGUAAAUGUCGUUGCUCAGCAACAUGUCGUAGAUGCGUUCCUUUGCGCAGCACCAACUCCCAUGAACGUCAACGAGCUGGGCGAGUCCACUUACACAGGCGAAGAGAGAGCCAAGUCAUGAGUGCAGAAGACCCAAACCCCGCCGCCACACCCACUCCCUGUGAAGACACCCAGGGAGAUGGUCGAUGGAUGUCUAUGCACAACCGCUUUGUGUCGGACAGCAAAGACAAAGAACCUGAUGUCCUCUUUGUUGGAGACUCUCUUGUUCAGCUCAUGCACCAGUUUGGGAUAUGGCGGCAGCUGUUCUCUCCUCUCCAUUCCCUCAAUUUUGGGGUGGGUGGUGAUGCAACACAACAUGUGCUGUGGCGACUGAGCAAUGGCGAACUGGAUAACAUCAGCCCGAAGGUGGUUGUGCUGUGGGUAGGCACUAACAACCAUGGUCAGACUGCUGAACAGAUCUGUGGAGGUAUCAUGGCUAUUGUGCAAGUCGUCAAGAACAAGCUCCCCCAUGCCCGGACACUUAUCCUUGGUAUCCUGCCCAGAGGUAAACUGCCAAACCCUCUGCGGGACAGAAAUGCCAAGGUGAAUGAGCUAGUCCAGGAGGCCAUAUCUUCCCUCCCCCACGCCUCUUUCCUCAACGUGGACCCAGGAUUCGUCCACUCCAAUGGUAGCAUCUCCCAUCAGGACAUGUACGAUUACCUUCACCUGACCCCUCAUGGCUAUCAGGCUGUGUGUGAACCCCUGCACGCCCACCUCAAGUCUAUGCUAGAUAAGCCAGCUGAGAACUGAGCAACCAGGGCAAAAACUUACACUACCACAGUGGUCCUCAUCCCUGUUUCCAGGGAGCAUCACACUCAGCUUAUUAACACACCGUGAGUGAUGGAUAGAAUCAGUUAUUUGGGGCUAAAAGCUGGAUAAAUUAUUUGUGUAAGUCCUCUCCAUGGCCAGGGUUGGUGACCACUGUUAAAGAUUAUGGGACCAUAAAGUUGUUUUGGGUUUUAUGAUACAGUCAGAAAUUAUAAGUGCUCUGCUAUAGAGAGACAAAGUCUUGCCUCAAAUCCUGGUAAUUAUCUGUUCCACUAGCUUUUGGUCGUCAGUGUUUUUCCAUAGAAGGAUUAUUUUUCUCUGCCACAUGAUACAAAUGAUGAAUAUGAUAUGGGGAACUCCCUGUCUGUCACCCGUAGGAGUCGGAGCCAGACAGGGAAAUGACAUUUGAAGAGAUGACACUUAUACAUAACUAACUCCAGUGGUUAUCAACAAAGCUUUUUAAAAAGAUGCAGCAACUUUUUACACUCAUGAAGAAAUGCUGAAGGUCAAAAAAUGAGUUGCUGCACCUUUAUUAAAAACUUUUUGUACAACCGGGUGCUCUAGAUUUCAUCCUUUCACCGCACCUUUCUGCCUCAGAGCAUGAACAGAUAUCGGCUUUUAAGAAAAGAAAAAAACGUACACAACAAAAGACAUUGUCUGCCUGAGGCUACAGGAACAGGAACUACAGUAAUUGGAAAAGGUUGUGAGACUUUGGCUCUUUAGAUGUCAGGAUAUUUACGGUAAAAAUACAUGAGAUGCGAAAACUGCCCUUACCAGGAAAUUGCUAUAAUUGUGGUUUCUCAGUUUCACUAAGUUCCACGAGUUACAUUUAUUUGGCAAUAGCUUUAUUUACUCCGUUUUGUUGUCUUGUGUCUUUUGUAUAUGUUAAUUUGAAUGACCAAAUGUUUUUGAUUGUCCAUUACUGUUUACUUGCCUUUUAUCAUGUCACAUUUCUGAUUAAUUACCCUUGUACAUUUCUGCUUCACCUAUUGUAACAGCAACAUGCUUUGAUGUGAGAGGCUGGGUUUUGUUCCCAACAUGGAUUUAUUUGAGUAGGUUGUGAAGUUGUAUAAAUAUAUCCAAAGUUGCUUGUGCUAUAAGAAUAAUCUCAUCUGCAACACAAUGGCCAAUCAGACUGUUUAACAAGGCUUUACUUCACACUAAAAUGCCUCUGAGCCGCUUGGAAAAGGAUUGUGCUACAGAACUUGAAUUAUGCUUCAGGAUUGCUGAUUGUGUAAGUGAUGAAGAAUGCAAUAAAUAUGAAAAAUGC